CCCAAACACCGAGAUGCCCCCUUCGGCGCUGACCACGACCUUCAUACAAUCGACCUUCCUUAAUGCCAUUGCCAAUCUCCUCGCUCAGGUCAUAGAUCAGUACCACCGCGGUAAACCAUUCCACCUAAACCCCACCGCCCUCCUCCAAUUCCUCAUCUACGGCCUCCUCAGCGUCCUCCCCAACUUCCUGUGGCAACGGUUCCUCGAAUCCCGCUUCCCGGGGUUCCCCUCCUGGCGGCGGCGGUGGUGGUCGUCGGCCCUCACCACCACCACCACCACCAUUCCCGGGACAUCAUCCACCCCCACCACUACGAAGGCCGCACCACCGAAAGGGGAAGUAUGCAUCCCCAUCCCCGGCUUCAUCCCCAUCUUUCCCGAAAACACCACGACCAAAGCCAAAGACAAAGCCAAAGACCAAGACCCGAAAAGGCAAGCGGGGAGCAACGGAGUCCGCAACUUCCUCGCCAAGUUCCUGCUGGAUCAGACGGUGGGGUCGGUGAUGAAUAUCGUGCUGUUUGUGGUGUUGAUCAAUUUGUUGAAGGGGGUGGGUUGGGCGGCGUGUUGGGGGUUGGUGCGUGAGGACUUCCGGCCGAUCAUGAUGGCGCGGCUCAAGUAUCGGCCGCUUGUCUCGGUGCUCAUGUACACGGUGGUGCCGGUGGACCGGCGCGUGGUGUUUGGGAGUGCCUGUGGGGUGAUCUGGGGGGUGUAUUUGAGUUUGUAUGCGGUGGUAUAGCCAGUGUCAAAAUCUGGCGUCUUGGAUAUGGGCUGCAUAAUACUUUUUUGUUCCACAAUG